AUGGACAAGGACGAAGCCACUAACUUUGAGGAUGAAGAUCUCAUUGAUAUGUCCGACACAGACCCAGACCCGGAUUCAGACGAACUCACACCCGAUUCCAUCGCUCAGCUGUGGGGUUUUUUAGAGCCCCUCGGGCCAGGGCCUUCCGCUGUACGGUUCCCUAAGGCAAUCUGCCGUUGGUCCUUUGGCAGGAAGAAGGAUGACAAUGUCAAUUCUGUUGUACUUGAUUGUUUAAAGAUCAGCAGUCAACAUUGUGUCAUUACCUAUCAAGGGAAUAAUGUGGUCACAGUACUGGACAUGUCAUCGAACGGAACAUGGAUCAAUGGGCAUAAAAUUGGCAAAGGUAAAACGAUGAGACUUUGCGACGGAGACAAAAUCUGUCUCGGAACCACAAUUCCACAGCCCCAGAAUGGAGGAGUGGAUGACUAUCGGUAUACCUAUCACCACAUGGCCGAUGGCAAGAGUUAUGGAGGAUUUACAGAUAACUUCUUACUCGGUUUUGAACUGGGGAAAGGUGCCUUUGCUUCAGUCCACGAGGCAAUUCACAAGAAAACUGGAAGAGCAUUUGCGGUCAAAGUCAUCCCGCCAACGAUACUGAAUAGACCCUUCCUUUCAAAGUUGGCAGCGCAACGGUUUUACGACCGCUUCACUCGCGAAAUCGAUUUGUUGAAGAGACUCGAGCACCCCAACGUUUGUAAGUUUAUGCAGGUAUACUGCGAAGAAUAUACCAUCUAUAUGAUUCUUGAACUCGUAAGCGGUGGUGAAUUACUUUCGCUCAUCCACAAAAGAGGGAGGCUUGAGGAGAGGCACGCCAGAGAUAUCACCUAUCAAAUCUGCGAUGCUAUGGCUUACAUUCAUAGCCAAGGAAUUGUCCAUCGGGAUCUCAAGCCAGAGAAUAUCCUGGUCACUGAUGAGGACCAUCCUAUCGCAAAAAUUGCUGAUUUCGGGAUUGCAAGGCUCGUUGAUGACGUGAAGAUGGCUUGGACUAUAUGCGGCACACCAUAUUAUAUUGCACCAGAGUUAGAAGACUUUGAGUAUACCGAAAGGUUUAACGACAAAGUCGACAGUUGGUCCGUGGGGAUCAUCGUGUUUAUGAUGCUCACAGGGAAGCAACCUUUCGUCGACGCUGAUGAUCCCCAAAAAUUCAAAGCCCGCAAAGUAGAUUGGAUCACACUGUCCACUACCCCCGCUACUGACCAGGAAGCGGUGUAUUUUGUAUCAGAACUUCUCGAAAUAAAUCCCAAACUUCGUUUAUCCCUCUCUCAUGCUCAUCGCCACCACUGGCUGCGAGACCACGAGCCAUACCAUCGCAGUAUCGCAGCACUUUACAGAUCCGCCAAUAGGGAACCCGAGGAUGAUUCUGGUCCGCUCAUUCUAAGUCGACCUAGUCCUACUCUCCCAGUUGAAAGUUCCGCCGACAAUCCGCCGCCAGAACCUGCUUCAUCGCUUCAACCACGCGCAAUGGUGCUCGCUGCCGCACAAGAAAGCGGCGCAAUUAUCCGUCAGCCAUCUGCAGAAAUUCUCAUCAACCUCUCGCGGCAGCGUUCCAGGAAUGCGAGCGCAGGACCAAGCCGCAUUCCUGCUAACAAUGAUGAAGAUAGCAACAAGCGUGCUCUAGACUACAUCUCAGAGGAACCAUCAACGGGCGGCUUUGAUGACAUAGAUAUGCUCGCAGAGAGUCCGAUCAGGACGCCCCGUCCUGCUCGCAAGAAGGCAAGAGUGGUAUUUGGGUCUCCAACGACGGCCAACUCUGAAUCUAACCAGAACAUGGUAAAUGAGGACGUGCAAAUGAUGAGCCCAACAAAAACACCUGCCCGGGCCAGGAGGAUACCACCUCCGCCAAAGUCGGUGGAAAGACGGUCCUCUCGAAUCAAAAAAGCAAACCUGCGCAAACUUCAAAAAUGA